GCUGAAGGAGCUGCCUCGGGCGGGCGGCGCCGGGCAGGGGGGAGCGGGAGAGGGAACAUGGCGGCGACGGCGGCGACUGCUGCAGCAGCGGAGCAGCAAAGUUCUAAUGGUCCUGUAAAGAAGUCUAUGCGGGAGAAGGCUGUUGAGCGAAGAAAUGUUAAUAAAGAGCAUAACAGUAACUUUAAAGCUGGCUAUAUUCCAAUUGAUGAAGAUCGGCUGCAUAAAACUGGCCUCAGAGGGAGAAAGGGCAAUUUAGCCAUCUGUGUGAUUGUUCUCCUUUUUAUCUUGGCUGUCAUCAAUUUAAUUAUAACGCUUGUUAUCUGGGCUGUGAUCCGUAUUGGACCCAAUGGCUGUGAUAGUAUGGAGUUCCAUGAGAGUGGUUUGCUGCGAUUUAAACAAGUAUCUGAUAUGGGAGUUAUACAUCCUCUUUAUAAGAGCACAGUAGGAGGCAGACGUAAUGAAAAUUUGGUUAUCACUGGCAAUAACCAACCAAUUGUUUUUCAGCAAGGAACAACGAAACUCAGUGUAGAAAAGAACAAAACUUCUAUUACAAGUGACAUUGGCAUGCAGUUUUUUGACCCAAGGACUCAAAAUAUUUUAUUCAGUACAGACUAUGAAACUCAUGAAUUUCAUUUGCCAAGUGGAGUAAAGAGCUUGAAUGUACAAAAAGCAUCUACUGAAAGGAUUACCAGUAAUGCUACAAGUGAUUUAAAUAUAAAAGUUGAUGGACGUGCCAUUGUCCGUGGAAAUGAAGGUGUAUUCAUUAUGGGCAAAACCAUUGAAUUUCACGUGGGUGGUAAUAUGGAAUUAAAAGCUGAACACAGCAUCAUCCUAAAUGGAUCUGUGAUGGUCAGCACCUCUCGCCUACCAAGUUCUUCCUUUGGAGAUCAGUUAAAUAAUGGUGACUGGGUACGCUACAAGCUGUGUAUGUGUGCAGACGGAACUCUGUUCAAAGUCCAGGUGACAGGCCAAAACAUGGGCUGCCAGAUCUCAGACAACCCUUGUGGAAACACGCAUUAGAUGAGCUGGAGAGAGAGUCAGCAGUGUGUUUAUACUUGUCUGUCCUUUUUUUUUUAAACUGCAUGCAUGCAAGCCAUUGUUUUUACAGAGUUUAUGAUAAUGCAUUGUAGUUAUUUUAACUACCAAGCAUUCACAGAUUUGUUAAAUAACCUCUAAAUUUAAAAUAUUCUGAAUGAAAAUAGCCAGAACCUUAAAAUUUUCCACUCAAUUAUACUGCUGGGUAUCAGACAAACCUAUUUUUAAAUAUUAUGAGAAAUGAAUAAAAUCAAAAUCAAGCAUUUCAAGAAAAAUGUUUUUUAAACAUAAUUUCUUGUCCACAGAACAAAGGGCUGGUUUAGCUGUUAGACCCAGUAUAAAUAAGCUUUUGAUAAUUAUGAGGACUGACCACUCAUUGAAUUAUUAAAAACAUAUACAACAUGUAUAUAAAUAUAUUUUUAAAAUCUGGAGCUCAAAAGAAGUUUAAACAAAUGUGAUGUGUAAUAAAAACAUAGAAACCUAGUUAGGAGUCCUGAAGAAAAUAUUUUGUGACAUAAGAUUUUUACUUAAAGUACUGUUGAGUAUAACUAUACUAUCAUGUAAUACUAAUGAACAUUCAGUGUUUCAUUCUGGUCGUACUGCAUGAAUAAUAUAAGGAAGUGUUUUAAUAUCUAAUCUGAAGCUCUAAGAAGAUGAAAAAGAGGGUAUUUGGUCUUCAAAAGACCAAUUUAACCUAUAAGGUUUUGUGUGUGUGUGUGUGUGUGUGUGUGUGUGUGUUUUCAGAAAACAAAAUUUAUUCACCUAAAUAGAACAGAAGAAAUAGUAAAUAAAUUUCAAGUCAGUCAAGAAAAUUUGACUAGUCAUUGCCAAAUUUAAAAAUCAGAAAUGAGCUGGUUCCAAAGCAUUGCACUAAAAUAAGCCCUAUAUAGUUGUUUUCCAUACUAGAGAAUAACAAACAAUUUUUAGAUUAGUAAAGUAGGCUUACAGUCUCCACUCUUAAAAUCCUCCUCUAUUCCCCAUUCUACCAAUAGUUUAAUUGUGUUUAGCACAUUUCUUAUUUGUACUAUUAUUAUUUUGUUAAAUAUUUAUAUAUAGGCCAAACAAGCCCCUUUAAGGGGCCGUUAACAUGAGUUAUUGGCCUGCUGUUAGUCAUCAGUGAUGAACCACAGGCUCCAGCUAUUUCUUUUUUAUCCAGGAAAUAGGUUUAAACUUACAUUUACAUAGUGUUUUAAUCUAGCAAGUAUUUUUUAAUGGUUGCUUAUAUUGUGUAGACAAAUCUUAAAAAAAAGCCAAUAUUUAUUAGUGUUACUACUGUCUAUGUAAAUAGCUUAAAAACAAAAUAUUUAUCAAAACCUGGACAUUACUGUGGGUUCAUUAAAUUUAAUUGAAAUAACCAUAGAAUCCUUUCCCAAUCCUGAAAGUUGCACUUUAAAUAUUUAUAAUAGAAAUGUGGCCUCUAUUAAUUAUUGCAGCAAUUUUACUAGCACGUUGUCCUUCCAUAUAUACUCCAAUUGGAAAUCUCAUUAAAUUCAAGUUCCCCCUGCUAUUCUUUUUACCUAGUUAUAUGCUUUAUUCAGAUUUAUUAAAAUAAAUAUUUUACACAAAUUGUAUAAGUUUAUUACAUAAUAUUGUUUAUUAAAUAAUCACACAAUCUGUUUUUAAUUCUUUUUGAAAUUUUGUCAUUUGUUUUUGAUUUACAUAUGUGUCUAUACAUGUAUGUGCAUAUAUAUGGUCACCCGCCGCCCCCAUCCCAAGUGCUUUUGACCAGACAGGAUCAUUUGGUGCAGUUUACCGAAUAACUGCAAAGGAUAGCAUUUUAAAAUACUUUACAAGUAAGAAGCCCCCACUUUUUGCUGCAGUGCAUUCCUGUAAACAACAUAGGAAAGCGAAACAGCAAAAAAGGGAAGGAAGGGGGGAUCACUGCAUAUCCAUACAGCUUUGAUUAAAUAGAAAUUCGACGUUACUCUCUUUUGCCACCAGGUGGUGCUUGACUAUAUUCCUGAAACCAAGUUCAUGCCAUCAUAGAUUUAGCUGUAUAAGGAAAACCAAAAAGGAAUCCCCUCUAUAAUGCCCUUCCUCAGUGGUCAUCUUGCCCAGCUUGAAAAGCUCCAGUGAAGGGGAAUCAUCUACCUCCAGAGACAACCCAUUCUACUGGGGACAGCUUUCCUUACUAGGACAUUUCCCUCAUAUUGAGUCUAAAUCUUCCUUUCCAGGAAUGGGUAAAGUUCUGAAACCCAGGAUUGGCCUUCAGUGAUUUUUAGAAGAAGUAGUCAAUUCAUAGAAAGACUGUGUUGUGUUAGAGCACUGGAUUUGGACUGAAAGAAUCUGAGUUUAAAUCCCAAUUCUACCAUAUAAUAGCUAGGUAACUUGGACAAGUCACACCUCUCUUAGCCUCAUUAAUAAAAUGAGAGAUUUGGACUAGAUGGCAUUUAAGAGCCCUUUUGCUCUAAAUCUAUGAUAUUCUGGAAAGCAUGGACUUCUUGUAUAUAAUUUGCUGGUCUACACAUUUUAAAAUAUAUAUAUAUUUGUAUUAAUUACAGUUUGUGUAGUAAUUAUUGUUGCCCAUUGGUAAUUAAAUUCAUUUUUAGGAGGUGAGAGUUCAGUGGUGCUAAACAUGACACUAAAGAGACCAUUGUACCUUUGAAAUGCUGAUAAUUUGUAAUGUUUCAAAGAUAUUGGUGUUUACCAAUUCUGCCAUACAAAAAAUAAUUAUAUAAAUCUGUUCCAUAUUGCUAAUUUUAGUUGAUGUAACCUGUUAAUGACCUCUGUUUACAAUAAAGAUGAUAUAAAUAAA